AUGGCCUGCCCGGUGAUCUUCCCGGAUGCUCGAAACUUCCAACUCUUCACUCCCGAUUCCCUGGCUAUGAUUGAGAAACUGAUCGCUGCAGAGAAACUGAAGAAGGCCAAAGACCCAUCAGUUUUAGAAGCCUCUCCUCGGCCUCAGCUUGACUUGAAAGUAUCCAGGAAGUUGCCCAAGAUCUAUGGGGAUGUUCCUCCUGAGGUUGUGGGGAAGCCGCUGGAAGACCUUGACCCUUUCUAUGUGAACCACAAGACAUUCAUGGUGUUGAACAAAAAGAGGACAAUCUACCGCUUCAGUGCCAAGCCAGCUUUAUUCAUUCUCGGGCCUUUUAAUCCAAUCAGGAAGCUGGUCAUUGGCAUCUCUGUCCAUUCGUUAUUCAGCAUGUUCAUCAUAUGCACUGUGGUCGUCAACUGUGUGUUCAUGGCCCUCAUAAAAGAUGUCAACAUUAAUAAAUAUGCUGAGUAUGUUUUUACCGCCAUCUACAUUUUUGAAGCAUUGAUUAAAAUAUUAGCAAGAGGACUUUUUCUGGAUGAGUUCACUUACCUAAGAGAUCCAUGGAACUGGCUGGAUUCUGUUGUCAUCACCUUGGCAUUUCUAUCGUAUUCGGGACUAACACUAGACAGUGUGUCAGCUCUAAAAACAUUUCGAGUCCUCAGAGCUUUAAAAGCCAUCUCAGUCAUUUCAGGUUUGAAGGUCAUUGUUGGGGCCCUGCUGCGCUCGGUGAAGAAACUAGUGGAUGUGAUGAUUCUGACCAUCUUUUGUCUGAGCAUUUUUGCCUUGGUGGCUCAGCAGCUCUUCAUGGGAAGUCUAAGGUACAGGUGUAUCAGGAAGUCCUGUCUGAAGAAUGAGUCUUCAAAUCUUGAAAACUGUGAAGUUCUCAGUGAUGAACCUGAUUUUCUAGAAGCCUGCACUGAAAGUAAAAGCGAAGGCUCAUCUGAAGUGAGAUUAUGUGGCAGCUGGAUGGGUAAUAGUUCCUGUUGCCCUGAGUUUACAUGCUGUAAAACUAGGAUCAGUCCUGAUUAUGGUUUUACGAACUUCGACCAUUUCGGUUGGGCCUUUCUCAGCAUGUUCCGUGUGAUGACUCAGGAUUCCUGGGAACGCCUUUAUCAGCAGACCCUUCGAGUUGCUGGGCCAUUUGCGGUGGUCUUUUUUGUUGUCAUCAUCUUCUUGGGCUCUUUCUACCUGAUUAACCUGACCUUGGCUGUCGUCACCAUGUCAUAUGAGGAGCAGAAUAAAAAUGUGGCAGCUGAGACUGAAGCAAAAGAGAAAAUGUUCAGAGAAGCUCUGGACCUGCUAAAGCAGGAAGAGGAGACUCUAGUUGCUAUGGGAAUUGAUAGGAGUUCACUCAAUUCUCUUGAAACAUCAUCCAUUUCUUGCCAAAAGAGAAGCCUGUUUAGCAACAAAAGGAAAUCCCUCCUUGUGGGAAAUUCUGGACAUGAUCAGGCUCCAGUCUCUGAUCCUGAGGAAGGAAUCCAAAGAAAGCAGCAGAUAUUGAACCAAACCAAGCGCCUGUCACAGAACCUGUCCGUGGAUUACUGGGAUGAGCACAGUGACACCUUUCAGAGGCAACGAGCCCUGAGUGCCGUCAGCAUCGUCACUAUCACCAUGCAGGAGUAUGAAAAGUCACAGAAGAAGUGCCUUCCCUGCCAGAAUAACUUUGCCUCCAAGUAUUGCAUUUGGGAGUGUUGUCCCAUGUGGCUCCACAUUAAAAAGACUGUGGAGCUGAUCAUCAUGGAUCCCUUUGCUGACCUGGCUAUCACCAUAUGCAUCAUCAUUAACACUAUAUUCAUGGCAAUGGAGCACUAUAAAAAGGAGAAAGACUUUGACAAAAUGCUCAAUAUAGGAAACUAUGUUUUUACUGGAAUUUUUGUAGCAGAAAUGUUCUUUAAAAUCAUUGCCUUGGAUCCAUACUAUUAUUUUCUCCGACCCUGGAACAUUUUUGACAGUGUCAUUGUUGUUCUGAGUCUUGUGGAAAUAAUCAUUAUAAAUCUCUCUGAAGCCAGUUUGUCACUAUUACGUUCCUUAAGACUGCUGAGAAUUUUCAAGUUAGCCAAAUCCUGGCCAACAUUGAAUACUCUUAUUAAGAUUAUCGGCCACUCGGUCGGUGCCCUGGGUAACCUCACUCUGGUUCUGGCCAUCAUCAUCUUCAUCUUCUCAGUUGUCGGCAUGCAGCUUUUUGGGACUUCCUUCAAUGCGACCUUUUCCUGUCUUAACUCCACGCGGCCGCAGCCGAGGCGUUGGCAUAUGGGAGAUUUCUUCCAUUCCUUCCUGGUCGUGUUCCGUAUUCUCUGUGGCGAAUGGAUUGACAAUAUGUGGGAAUGUAUGUGUAAGUCUCCCUGGGUGCUGUGCAUUCUGAUCUUCUUGCUGAUCUUGGUGAUAGGAAACUUGGUGGUACUCAAUCUUUUUAUUGCUCUGCUCCUCAACUCCUUCAGCAAGGAGGAAAAAGAAGGGAACGGGACUGGAGAUGUGAGGAAGACAAAGCUGCAACUUGCUUUUGAUCGAUUCUGUCGGGCAUUUCAUUUUGUGAAACAUGCCGUUUGGCAUUUUUGUAGCAGUCCUUUCAGGAAGCAAAGGUCGAGAAAGUUGAAGGCUGUGUCCAAAAAACACAAGUCUCAGAAUAAAGACAUUAUUCCACUGGAGUCGGGAAUAAACCGAGAGCAAGCAAACCACGAAAAAUUUUGCCCUCAGAACAAGAACAGUUACUCUGGAUUCACAGGCCUGGGCUGUACACAGGAUAAUUUGAAUUCCAGGCAUCCUUCCUUUAUUAGAGCCCCACUUGCUGAAGAAGAUGAAGAUACUGAAUCUUUAGAUGAAGAUGAGCCCCAAGACGUUAUGGAAACAGAGUUUUAUAAACAGGAGGAAAAGGAGUGUUUGAGCCCAGGAGCCAUGAGUGGAGAAGUCGAUGUCUUUUCUGAAGAUGGCACUGAAUGGGCAGCACAGAAAUUGAAAGAGAAGUUUGAUGGCACCAGCUACCUCUCUGACUGUAGCACCAUUGAUCUGAAUAAUCUCAUUUUCUUGGUUCCUGAAAUGGUUCCUGAAAAGGGCCCUGAGAGAUGUUUGCCCAAAGGCUGUAAGAAAUUCUUUCCCUGCUUUGCACUGGAUGUAAGAAAGUCUCCUGGAAUCCACUGGCUGCAUCUGAGGCUAACCUGCUACAGAAUUGUCAGGCAUAACUGGUUUGAGAGUUUCAUUAUCUUCAUGAUUCUUCUGAGCAGUGGAGCUCUGAUAUUUGAAGAUUGUUACCUUUCAUCAAAACCCACUAUUAAGGAAUUGCUGAAAUUUACUGAUAAGAUUUUUACCUAUAUUUUCAUCCUGGAGAUGUUAUUAAAAUGGGUGGCAUUUGGAUUUAAGAAGUAUUUCACAAAUGCAUGGUGUUUUCUUGACUUCAUCAUUGUAAAUGUCUCUAUUGUAAGUCUUAUUGCUGAUAAUUCAAAGUCAACCAUGUCUUUUAAUGUUAAAUCCCUUCGGACGCUGAGAGCUCUGAGGCCCUUGCGAGCACUGUCCCAGUUUGAAGGAAUGAGGGUUGUUGUCAAUGCCCUUGUCGGGGCCAUCCCUGCCAUCUUAAAUGUUCUGCUCGUCUGUCUCAUCUUCUGGCUCAUCUUCUGUAUGCUAGGGGUGAACCUAUUUGCUGGGAAAUUUGGAAAGUGCAUCAACCAAACCAAAAAAGAUGACAUUAUAGAUGUCAAUCUCAUUAACAACAUGUCAGUGUGCAAUAGUAAUAUCUACCCUAACGUAUGCUGGACUAACACUAAAGUCAACUUUGAUAAUGUGGGAAUUGGUUACUUGGCUCUUCUACAGGUGGCAACUUUUAAAGGUUGGAUGGAAAUUAUGUAUGCAGCUGUAGAUUCAAGAGGGGUAGAGGAGCAGCCCUCCUUUGAGGCAAAUGUAGCCGCAUAUCUCUACUUUGUCGUUUUUAUAAUUUUUGGCUCAUUCUUCACACUGAAUCUUUUCAUCGGUGUUAUCAUUGACAACUUUAACCAACAGCAAAAAAAGAUAAGUGGCCAAGUUAUCUUCUUGACAGAGGAGCAGAAAAAAUAUUAUAAUGCAAUGAAAAAACUGGGAUCAAAGAAGCCUCAAAAACCUAUUCCAAGGCCUUUGAACAAGUGCCAAGCUUUUGUGUUUGAUAUAGUCACCAACCAGGCCUUUGACGUGUUCAUCAUAACCCUCAUUUGCCUUAAUAUGAUCACCAUGAUGGCAGAGACAGACUCUCCUGAUGGAGCCGACAAACAAAAGGAACAUCUUCUGGAAACCCUCAACUCUGUCUUUGUGGUCAUCUUUACAGUCGAGUGUCUCUUGAAAAUCUUUGCUCUGAGGCAAUUCUAUUUUGCCAAUGGUUGGAACUUAUUUGAUUGUGUGGUCAUGGUGCUCUCCGUUGUUAGCCUUAUGGUUUCUCUACUGGAAUCGAGUAAGGCAAUUCCAUUUCCUCCCGUGCUCUUCAGAGUCAUCCGCUUGGCUCGAAUUGGCCGAAUACUGAGACUUGUUCGAGCAGCAAAAGGAAUCAGGACUCUUCUUUUUGCAUUGAUGAUGUCACUUCCUUCUCUGUUCAACAUUGGGCUUCUGCUCUUUUUUGUCAUGUUUAUCUAUGCCAUUAUUGGUAUGACCAAUUUUUCCCAGGUAAAAUUUGAGGCAGGGAUUGAUGACAUAUUCAACUUUCGAACCUUUGCCAGCAGCAUGCUCUGUCUCUUCCAAAUCACGACAUCAGCAGGCUGGGAUGCCCUCUUAAGUCCUAUGUUGAGUUCAAGAUUUUCAUCAUGUGACUCAGAGAACUCUUGUUAUUCUGAAAAUGUACCUUGUAAUUCCGAGAGUUCAUCAUGUAACUCCGAAGGUUCAUCUUGUAACUCAGAAAGUUCAUCUUGUCCCAGAAAUGACACGAAACCAGGGGGUGACUGUGUCAGCUCUGUCGUGGCAAUCACGUUCUUUGUCAGUUACAUCAUCAUCUCCUUCCUAAUUGUUGUCAAUAUGUACAUCGCGGUGAUUUUAGAAAACUUCAACACAGCCACUGAAGAGAGCGAGGAUCCCUUAAGCGAGGACGACUUUGACAUCUUCUAUGAAACUUGGGAAAAAUUUGAUCCUGAAGCAACACAAUUCAUCCAAUACUCGGCACUCUCAGACUUUGCCGACGCCUUGCCAGAUCCCUUACGUGUGGCCAAGCCGAACAGAAAUCAACUGCUAUUGAUGGAUCUGCCCAUGGUCAGUGGCAAUCGACUUCACUGCAUGGACAUACUGUUUGCUUUUACCACAAGAGUGCUGGGAGACUCAGAGGGCAUAGAUUGCCUUAAAAGUCAGAUGGAAGAGAAAUUCAUGGAGGCCAAUCCUAACAAGAAGUUAUACGAACCAAUUGUGACCACCACCAAGCGCAUGGAAGAAGAGCGAUGUGCCGCUAUUAUCCAGAAGGCCUAUCGAUUGCACUUGCUAAAGAGCAAUGCCAAGAAAAUGACUUCCUUACCACAUCCAAUGGUUUGCAAUGGAGUCAUUGGUAACUUAGAAGUACCUGAUGGCAAAGUACACUUUGACUGACAUUGAUUGAGAGCAAUCGACAGACUGAUCAGAAGCUAUAACCUUGCAACUUUGCCUUUGUACUAUGAGGGAAGCAUAGGGUAGAAUAAGUGGCUUGACGAAUAUCUAAAUGGAAGCUGAGUUUUUUUUUUUUAUUAUCAGACAUAAAUAAUUUUUUUUUAAUAUGCAGGGAAGACUUUAAAAUAUGACUUAAGCAACCUUACAUUACAAUGAUAUGCAUCAACAUUUCCAUUCCUUUAAAAAUCAGGUACCAUUUUAGUGCAUAAAAGGAAGUUUAUAAAGGGCUGGAGAAAGGCCAUUGUCUGGAUUAUAUUUAAAUGCCUUUUCUCCAUUCACAGAUGUGGUAUAGCACCCUGAUCUAGCACCUUUCUUAGAAUAAUCACAUAUAAUGAUCUUGCAUGCUAGCCAGGAAA